AUGGCGAGCCGCCGCCUAGAGUCCCCCCGCAUGCGCCGGCUGCGGUCUGGACACUUCAGGCGGCUAGCAGCAGCAGAUGAGCUGCCGCUGCUGGACUUGCUGCUGUGCAGCUGCUGCAAGCCUGCGCCGGAGUAUGAAAUAGUUUAUGACAGUCCCCAUGCUGCUGCUGCUGCUGCUGCUGCUGCUGCUCGCAGCAGGAGCAGCAGCAGCAAGAAGCGCCCUGCGAGGCAGAAACAGCAGCGCCACGCGAAAGCGCCUCAAAAACACGCGGGCAAACCCGAGCAGCAGCAGCAGCAGCAGCAGCAGCAGCAGCAGCAGCAGCAGCACCAGCAUCAAAGGUCCAUUAGCUGGGCUGACGGGAGAAACGGCAGCGAGACUGCUGCGGAGUCUUUUGCUGAGCCGGAGCAGCAGAGCACAGAGUGUGAGCCGCAGAGCAGCAGCAGCAGCAGCAGCAGCAACAGCAGCAGCAGCAGCAACAGCAGCAGCUGCACCAUGCUGGCCUCCGCAGUCCCCACGCCUCCCAAGGAAGCGCCUUCGCUGACACCCACAGAAGUGACCCCGCGGGUGACUGCAGCAGCAGCAGCAGCAGCACCAGCAGCAGCAGCAGCAGCAGCACCUGCCGAAGCAGCAGCAGCAAAGCAGCAGCCAGCCAAAACCCCUUCAAAGAAAGACAAAGAAGCCCACAGGCAGAAGUCGAGAAGCCUGAAGUCUUCAGCUUCUCGCAAAGAGAGCAGCAGCAGCAGCAGCAGCAGCAAGGGGGAGCUCAAGAGAGACAGCAGCAGCCACAGAAGCAAAGCAGCAGCAGAUGCUGCUGAGCCCAUGAGCAGGAAGGGGUCAAAGGAGCAGCUGCAGCAGCUGCAGCAGCAGCAGCGGCAGCAGUCGGUGCAGCGCUUGCGCUCCAAACUCAGUCUUCAGCAGCAAAAAGCAGCAGCAGCAGCAGCAGCAGCAGAAACAGAAGGGCCCGUGGCGGGAAAAGUUGAAGUUGAUGUUAUUGGACUCACAGGUAAACUUAAAAUAGAAGGAGAAAGGCCUCAGGUUUUCUUGCUCUGCGGAUACCUCAAUGACAACCUUUCUGACUUCGUGCUGCCGCUGCAGCAAGAAGCUGCUGCGCUGCGGCUGACAGUGGUGCUCACCCAAGAAGUGGAGGAGAAGACAGCAGCAGGAAAGAAAUGCACUUGGCGUCUCAAAGACUUGGGCUGCGUGGUCUUUCCCCUAGCCAACCUCAAGAAGCCCAACAGCCUUGACUGGGCCACUUAUCCUCUUUCCGUCUCUGCAGCAUUUUCUGGAAGCUGUUCUGCAACACUGCGUUGCAAAGUUUCUUCUUUCUUAGCUGACGAGGGCCCGCCUGUGCCCGAAGACAAGCUGGAGCCAUUUCAGCCACCCCAGAAAAUUGCCAAGUGGCGAAACGUCCGGGAGGAGCAGCAGCACUCAGCUGCUGCUCCUUCGCCCGUGAGCAGCAACAUCAGCAGCAGCAGCAGCAUCAGCUGCAGCAGCAACAUCAGCAGCAGCAGCAGCGGCAUCAGCAGCGGUCGCAUCAGUCGCAGCAGCAGCAUCAGAAGCAGCAGCAGCGGCCGCAUCGGCAGCAGCAGCAGCAGCAGCAGCAGCAGCAGCGUGGUGUAUGCUGCUAGCGAUGGCUCCGUCGUCGAUGGCAGAGAGCUGCUGAGGAGUUCUUUUUCGCUUAAUUGCUCUUUGCUGCUGUCGGGCGAGGCGGUGCAUGCGUGGCAGCUGCAGCACGGGGAGGCUUCCCUUUUGCUGCAGCAGCUGCUGCAGUCCCAGGCCCCGCCGCAGCAGCAGCAGCAGCAGCAGCUGCAGCAGCAGCAGCAAGAGAAGGAGGACUUUGGAGGAGGAGCCACAAACGGGCUUUCCCGCUGCAGCAGCUUGGAGGGCCCCUCCCCGCUGCUGCUGGCUGUCUCGCCUCCUCCCCAGAAGCAGCAAAUUGAAAAAAGACAACAAAUGAAAUUUUCAAAUUCUUUCUCAUUUGACAAAGACAUGAGUGCUGGGGUUUGCAGGCCCCGGCGAGCGGUAGUAAACGCCCCGCGGUGCUGCGCCUCGCUGCCCUGCUCCAGCAGCAAGUACAGCAGCAGCAGCAGCAGCAGCAGCAGCAAGAACAGCAGCAGCAGCAGCAGCAGCGGAAAGGUCACCUCUCGCGACAUGCAGGGAGAUUUCGGCAGCAGAGACGGUGUGGAAGUGAAGCGAAGCACGGAAACGCCAGGCCACUGCAGCAGCAAGGCAUAUAGAGGCUGCAGCCACAGCAGCAGCAGCAGCAGCAGCAGCAGCAGCAGCGGAGUGAUUGCAAAAGCCAUCAGCCCGCCCCUUAAAAAGGCAGCACCGCGAUUGCCGCAGCUGCCACUGCAGCACCGUCAGCAGCAGUUGCUGCAGCAAGCGGGACGGCAGCAGUCACAGCCGCCGCUAGCAGCGCAGCUGCAACACCCACCGAAGCAGCAGCAGCAGCAGCAGCAGCAGCAGCAGCAGCAGCAGCAGGGCUCUGGCGUCGGCCGCACAGUAUUCAGAGAGGUAUCUACAGCCCUGGAAGAGCUUCUUAGAGAGGUCAGGGCCAACACCAUUAGGGUGCAGCAGCGAAUGCAGCAGCAGGAGCAGCAGGAGCAGCAGCAGGAGCAACAGCAGCAGCAGAAAGUUCUCCCAGCAGUGCCGAAGGCGAGACACACCAUCGCGGUAGAACAGCAGCAGGAGGAAGGAGAGGAGCAGCAGCAGCAGGAGGAAGGAGAGGAGCAGCAGCAGCAGGAGGAAGAAGAGGAGGAGGAGCAGCAGCAGCAGCAACAGCAGCAGCAGCAGCAAAGACAGCAGCGCUUUGCUGCCAUUUGUCCUCAACAAACAAACCCCAUGAUGCAGCCCAGCAGCUGA